GUUUACGUUUGGUGGCCGUCUAGCUAGUCUGGCUGUAUCAGCCGUGUUAUAGAAAUCUAAACCAAACGCACGGCCGUCUUUUGUGACUCUUAAGUUACCUCGCGGUUUCAUGUAAUGAGGAAGCGAUGACAUUAACGUACGCUGGAAGUGAAGAUCGCCUUGCAGGAUCGCAGGUCUGUGAGGUCCCCGUCGCACACUUAAUUUCGAUGAACUGCAUGCCACGGUCGCUCGUCAAGGUGUCUGUGCUCGGAAAAGCGUACUUAUGCGUCGUCUACCCUCACCGGUUCACGAGUGACGUUGUCUACGUCGACGGUACAGUGGAACUUCAGAUUAACGAUGGCGGUACGACGGACAACACCGUUCUUGUCGAACCUCUCGACAAAAGUCAGCCUGCCGACAGCGCUGUUGUGACGGUCGUGCUUCGGUCUGUCCAUGAUUUGGUCAAGUGGCAUGGAGUGCGUCAGGAACGACUUUCCUACUGGCUGUCCAGAAUCUUGCGGAAGUACUACGUGAAAAGUGGGUCGACGUUUGUUUGCCCUUCUAGUCGACCUCUCUCUCGAUUAUGUGCGGUGCAUGCAAUCGUCGUCGACCAAGUCUCGCCGUCGUCGGCCGACGCCUGCAGAGUGACUGCUAACACCAAGUUAACUGUUGCAGGCGUCACAUACAGCUCAGCUGCGGUCGAUCGUACGGUGUUCUCAGACAUCUGGGAGCAGACGCUGCGAGAGCCAACGGCACUGCUUGGCAAACUGUGCAUGUUUCCGCACACGUAUCCUAAGACGCUCGAAGCGGUCGGGUUGCGACUGCACCGCGGUAUUCUCCUAACGGGACCUCCGGGAACCGGCAAGACCAGCGUCGUUCGCCAUGUGGCGCAGAAGUGCGGUGCUCACUUGCUGACCGUCAAAGGACCGGAGCUAUGUCGCUCAGCUCCUGGAGAAAGCGAGGCCCUGCUUCGGUCAAUUUUUUCAGAAGCUGCGACGCUCAGCGAAGUACUGCCUUGCAUCGUGCUAAUGGAGGACGCAGACCUCCUAUGCGUCAAAAGAGGUUCGGCUUCGUCGCAGCACGCCAACAGGCUAGUCACGCAGUUGCUCACGCUCAUGGAUGGCAUGGAAGACAGGAGGCGCGUUUUCGUUGUCGCUACGACGACACGACCGAACAGCAUCGACCCGGCCAUGCGGCGGCCGGGACGCUUCGACAAGGAGUUGUUUAUUGGUGCUUUGUCAACACAAGAGAGGACUGACAUCAUGAGGACUGUUGGAAGUCAAUUAGGCAUUGACUUGAGCCAUCUUGUGCUACCAACAGCCGGCUUUGUCCUUGGAGACAUAAUGACUCUUCUUCGUGAAUCUCUUAUGGCUGCCAUAAAGCGAACUCCUUCAAGUGACAAAGAAGCACUUGUUACUGUCGAAGACUUCAAAACUGCUCUUACAACUGUUCAGUCAAACUUGAACAGCCGUCUUGAGUUUGCAGUUGAAGUAGUUCCACGAUUUUCUUGGAAACAGCUUGGAGGCAUUGAAUGCUUAAGAAAGAAACUUCAAGCAGCCAUGGAGGGCCCUCUACUGAAUCCAUCGGCCUUUGGGCGGCUUGGAGUGUCCCAACCAAGAGGUGUGCUUUUAGUAGGACCUCAUGGAUGUGGCAAGACUGUCAUCGCUCUUGCAGCUGCUAGUAGUUGUCCAGGUGUCACACUCUUUUCUUUGGGAGCAGCUGACGUCUACUCCCCUUUCGUUGGGGAUUCAGAGAAGGUUGUGUCUGAGGUCUUUCGGCAAGCAAGGCUUCGAGCACCAAGCGCUAUCUUCAUGGAUGACUUGGACACUCUUGUCGGUCGCAGGUCCGGAGAGCAUUCAGGAUCACAAGAACGCAUUCUCUCCGCACUCUUGUGCGAGAUUGAUGGGAUCGGUAGUGGAGUGCUUCAAAGGAGCGGACACACUCAGGAUCAGCAGAAUGUCAUCUUGGUAGCUACAACAGCCAACCCUGAUGCAGUUGAUGAAGCUUUACUAAGACCUGGAAGAUUUGACCUGAUUGUCUACGUUCCACCACCGGAUGCUCAAACUCGAGAACAGAUACUCAAAGUUAGCACUGCAAAAAUGGCACUAGGAGAUGUGGACUUGAUGUCCCUUGCAAACAGAACCGAGUACUUCACCGCAGCUGAUCUUGUGCAUCUUUGUCACGUGGCUGGCCUGCAAGCCAUGAGUGAACUUGGAUUUAAUGCCCCUUGUGUAGAACAGCGGCAUUUUGAAGAAGCUCUUAGGAGAACAUUUCCAUCACUAUGCCCACAGAAAGUCGAACACCUGCGGCAACAAUGUGCAAAGUUUUGCCUGGUUACGUGACCAAUAAAUUUUCUUCAUAGUUUUUUAAAAAAAUAUACAGUUUGGCAAGAA